AUGCCCUGUCCAGGCGCAUUCGCGCACAGGAGUGGCUUCAGUCACCGCCUUUCUAGGGUGCCUCUCGUCCCAAGAUACUCUGGAACGCCCCGCUGCCUACAUCAUGGCAAGCCGUCGCAGGCACAAUUCGCGAUCCGCAGAGUCCCACAUAACCUGAAACUUGAAUCAACCGAAGACAAACGGCAGAUAGCAGCCAAGGCAAUACAGGAACGCAUCACCAGGCUCCAGCACACAAGCACCGAUGUCGACUCCCUCAACCGGCUCUCCCUUACCGGGCUGGCCCUGCUCCCAGCGGAUUACCACAACCCAUACUACUUCGAGACAUGGAUCAAGAAGCUGGCCGCGCUGAAGUCGCCGGAUUCCGCUUCUCAGGUACUCGAAAUUAUGUACGAGCGCGGCAUCCAACCAAACGUCCGGCAGCUUAACGCGCUCAUCGGAGCCUGGUUUCGCGUCAAAGGCGAAGAAGACAGCAUAAAGGCUGAGCGCAUCGCCCGCGCGAUGAUAUACAGAAGAGCGGCGUUGUCACGUCGACGGGAUGGUGAUGAGGACACAAGACCAGCGCUGCUGGCUCUGCCUUCGCUACCCAUGAAGACCGAGGAGGGAAAAUACAUUCAGCGCUUCCUCCGUCGGACUCUUCCGCCAGCCUCCCCACGCACGUACCUGUACCUCAUCAAGUUCUGCCUCAAGCGCGGAAGGUGGAGAGAGGUCGCCAGGUAUCGCAGGCUAUUGUUACGUGCGGGCUUCCCGAUAUCCACCAAGCUGUCCAACAGCCUCGUCUUCGCCGAGAUGUACAACAAGCGCUACAAGCGCGCCUGGAUCAAGUACCGUAACAUGGCUGCUCCCAACCGACAUCCGGCUGUGGAGCCGCCCGAUCUCUUCACCCACACCAUGUUGUGGCAGUGCUGCAAAUACUUUCUGGAUACGACAAAGCCCAGUUUUAUGGAAAGGUUUCCACCCCCACGACGCCUGAUGCUGGAACUUCUCUCCUGGUUCCGCGGCCUCACGGGAAGGAGUCGACAGCGGGCUAUACGCGAUCUGCAACGGGAGCACGCGAAGGAGAAAUUCUUUCCCCUCGUCGCGCAAUGCUUUUCUCGUGCGAGCGAUUUACCAGGCUUGCUCGUGGCUUUGUACAUCAUGGGCACUCACCUUGGUAUAGCUCCAAGCAAAGGUAUCGCCAACGUCGCAGUGGGAAUGGUCGCUUAUAUUGGCCUGCCGUCGAGGACUCCCAAAAUGCGGAGGAUCACGCGGCAAACCGCUGUGUACAAGCAGCGGGUUACUAAGCUCGCCGCUGCACUGCAGGCGGAGCGGGACCGCAGAAAGCAGGUGGUGUAUGAUGUCGCUACGGGGGAGAACAAGGAGGUCGAAGCAGACCGAGUGGAGCUUGAAGCUGUGUCCGAGAUCCUGCGGCUGGUGAUGAGCAGGAAGGCUGAUCCUACUACUGUACAAAGCGCCGUGGACCAGGCAAAAGCGGAGAUGGGGCUUGGCGAACAUCUCGAUGGCUGA